AUGUUGUGGAACCCGGCUACCACCGAAUUCAAGAUCAUUUUUGCUCGAUAUAAUAGUUUUUCAAGGGUUACGUCCGAUCAUUAUCAAGUCGGUUAUGAUCAUGUUAAAGAUGAUUAUAAGAUGAUAAGGCGCACUCAUUGUCCUUCUAGUACAAGUGAAUGCGGGAUUUCCUCCUUCUGGGAGAUAUUUAGCUUAAACAAUAACUCUUGGAGGAAAAUUGAUGGCCAUUUUCACUCAUCUCACUCAUAUAGAUGCAGUGAAGAAGUGUACGUGGAUGGAGUGUCUCAUUGGUGUGAAAAAAUUGGAACACAUACACAUUUGGUGUCAUUUGACUUCAGCAAAGAGUCUUUUAUUACAACACCCGUGCCCUCUUACACAGAUGAUGUUUAUGAUAUUAUUUCGAAAAUGUGGACGAGUAAUAGAAUUUUGGCAGUAUUAAAUGGAUCUAUUGGUUUUAUAGUAUAUUAUGAAAAGAUAAGUACAUUUGAUAUUUUAAUUUUGGGUGAUCUCGGUGUAGAAGAAUCGUGGACUAAACUCUUUAUUGUUGGGCCUUUACCUUGCCUUAAGAUUCCAAUUGGAAUAGGGAAGAAGGGAAAUAUAUUGAUCAGAAAGAAAGACGGCGAACUAGCUUGGUUUGAUAUAAUUACCGGGACUAUUGAAGAGAUUGGUGUUACUGCAAAAACUUAUGGCAGGAUAUAUUUCCAUAAAGAAACCCUUCUUCCAAAUGGAGAAAUAUAUAGUAAAUUUUCGUCUUGUUUUCACUCGCGACCUAUAUGA